AUGGCGCCGCUGCCCCCGCUCCUGCUGCUGCUGCUGCCGGCCGUUUAUAAAGGCACUUUUGGGGAAACCCAUUUGAGAAAUCGGAGAGGAAUUCUGGAAUUAGCUGGAGCCAUCAGAUGCACCACAGGGCGCUCUCCUUUUGCCUACCUACGCUAUGGAUGCUACUGUGGCCUGGGAGGAAAAGGAUGGCCCAAGGACAGAGUAGACUGGUGCUGCUUUCACCAUGACUGCUGCUAUGGGAGAGCAGAACAAGCAGGUUGUCAGCCAAAGACUGAAAGUUACCACUGGGAAUGCAAAGACAAUUCUGCUGUGUGUGACUCACUAGAAGAUAAAUGUCAAAAAAUGGCAUGUGAAUGUGACCGUGAAGCUGCCAAAUGUUUUUCUAAAGCUCCCUACCAUAGAAAAUACCUUUUGUGGCCAGACUUUCUGUGUGGUGAGAUUCAACCUUUGUGUAGGUGUUAGAUACAUGACUCUUGCAUAUAUUUAAAUCGAAAAUUACUUUUAUUUUUUUUUGGCCACAGUAAUAACAACAAAUGAUUUUCCCCUUUCUUGAUAGUCCUUCAUUCCACCUCAGCCUCUCCACCCCAAAAUGGUCAAAGUAAACAUUUUCCCUUUUAUUUACCUUUUCCCAUGCACUUUUACUGACUAAAUAGAAAUCUGAGUCAAUCAGCUUAAGGAGAAACUGACAAUGUUAUUUUUUUUUGUUUAUACUCAAAUUCACAGAUUUUUCAGAUCGAUAAUAUCAUUUGCUGUGAACUUGUUUAUCUCUCUCCACUGACUAUAAGAUACAAAUCAAACUUCUCCUCUAACAAAUCUUAGCAUUUGUUAACUUUGAACUGACUGGAAAAAGUGCAUGAAAUGACAGUGUCAGCACAAAGAGCCCUUGCAUCUACAUUAAACACUUAUUACAAAGCCUAAUUUGGGUGUUGAAUUUCAUUCACCUGGAGUAAUCCCACCUGCAUUGAAGAAGGCCUAAUAUAAUCAUUUUAAAAUAGAGUUUUCUGCACAGCUCCUUAUUUGAUAUAGCUCAAACUCCUUACUCUUUGUACAUCCUAAAUUACCUGUAAGCAGAGGGAGGAAUUCCACCCUUAAAACUUUAAAGCCAGGUUUAAAAAUGCAAAUGCAAACCAUCACCAAAACAGAAAAAUGAAAAAUGUAGAAGUUGUUGGGACCAACUGGCUUUCCCACAAGUGUCUGAUCUGCACAGCAAGAGCUCAUGAAGCUCAGAAGUGAAGUGAAGUUUAUAUCUCUUCAGGAUGUAAAGCUAGUUUUCGCUAAGGUCAAUUCAUAGAUAUUUUUAACCCUUUGGGAAGAGAAAUCAGUAUCCUGAACUGCUGAAUAAUACACAUUUUUUUAAACUACUGAUUUUAACAGCUAUAGAGCCAGGCGUGUUUUAUGUCUACUGUCCACCA